AUGAGGACAGCUGAAACAGUUCGAGAAGAAGAUGAAGUAGUGAGUGUACGAGGAAAGUUUUUCCAUCGCAUACAAGUACCAAGUCAAAACCUUCAGACAGAUGAAACAGUUGGCGAAGAAGAUGAUGCAGCGAGUGCACGAGGGAAGUUUGCCCAUAGCAUACAAGUACCAAGUCAAAACCUUCAGGCAGAUGAAACAGUUCAAGAAGAAGAUACAGCAGAUGCAGGCCAAGCAGAACAACAUUGUGAUGAUGACAAUGAACUUGAAGAGAUCACUGAAGAAGUCUCAUAUCUUGACUUUGGCAACCCUGAUUAUCAAUGCCAACAUUGUGGAGCCACAUUCUGGUAUGAAGAACGCCUAAACAAGCACUGUCAUGAGAGAGUUCCAAAAUUUGGCCUCUGUUGUCGUCAAGGGCAGGUGGAAUUACCGGUACUCCAACAACCUCCGGAAAUUCUUCAUCAGUUACUAUCAGGUUGUGAUGAAAAAUCCAUCCACUUUCAGAAGAACACCCGUACAUACAAUAGUAUGUUUGCUUUCACGUCUUUCGGCGGAAAGAUUGACAGAUCCAUUAACCACAGCAAAGGACCGCCAACAUUCCUACUUCAUGGCCAAAACUAUCAUUUGAUGGGUAGUUUGUUACCACAAGAGGGAAGUCCUGCCAAAUUUGCACAACUAUAUAUUUAUGACACACAGAAUGAAAUCAACAAUAGAACUGCUGUUGUUAGCUCUGAUAACAGCACAGAUCAUCUAGACAAAACCAUUGUGGCUGACCUUAUGAAGAUGCUUGACACCCACAACGUGCUGGCAAAGACAUUCCGAAUGAUGCGCGAAGUUAUGAAAUCCAAUCCAAUUCGCGAUAUUCGACUUAAAUUGAUUGGAAAGCGAGGCAAGGAUGGAAGACGGUAUAAUUUGCCGUCUGUUGAUGAGAUUGCAGGGUUGGUGGUGGGAGAUUUUGAUGCGUCAAUGAAAGAGAGAGAUAUCAUUGUUGAAACGAGAUCAGGAGCACUACAGCGAGUUUCAGAACUAAAUCCAUCAUACUUGGCACUACAAUAUCCUCUGUUGUUUCCAUACGGGGAAGAUGGUUGGCGUGAAAAUAUUCCAUUGAAUAGGCCACAAAAAAAUACAAAUGCUGAAGAUGCAAACAUUAGUAUGCGGGACUUUUUUGCAUUCCGAGUUCAGCACAGACAAUCAUGCAAAGGUGCUUUACUAUAUUCUAGGCGUCUGUUUCAGCAAUUCCUGGUCGAUGCAUUCUCAAUGGUUGAAGCAGCAAGAUUGAAAUACGUCUAUACGAAGCAAAAAAAGCUAAGAGCUGAAAUUUACAAGGGCCUUAGAGAUGCAGUUCUUAAUGGAGAAACAGAAGCAGCCUCGCUAGGCAAACGCGUUGUCCUACCAGCAACCUUUACUGGGGGAGCCAGAUACAUGAUACAAAAUUACCAAGAUGCUAUGGCAAUAUGCAGGUCUAUUGGGUAUCCAGAUUUGUUCAUUACAGUUACCUGCAAUCCUCAAUGGGAAGAGAUUCAACGUUAUUGCAAGGAGAAUAAUCUAAAGCCAGAAGAUAGGCCUGAUACUGUUUGCAGAUUAUUUAAGGCAAAGUUGGACAAGUUGAUUAAGGAUAUUCACAUAAACAAAUUAUUCGGAAAGUCGACUGCAGUUAUAUACACAAUUGAGUUCCAAAAGCGUGGAUUGCCUCAUGCACACAUAUUAUUGUUUCUCGCUGCUCAAGAUAAGUUUCCUGCUCCUGAAGAUAUUGACAGGAUUAUUUCAGCUGAGAUUCCGGAUCCAACUUUGGACCCAAAAUAUUAUGAAGCAGUAAAGAGUCAAAUGAUGCAUGGUCCAUGUGGUAUUGCUAGAAAAAAUUCGCCUUGCAUGGAUAAUGGACGUUGUUCUCGACAUUUUCCGAAGAAGUUUAUUGAAUUUACGACAGUAGAUCAUGAUGGAUAUCCAGUUUAUAGGCGUCGCAAUGAUGGCCGAACGAUUGACAUUUCUGGAAUUCCUCUAGACAAUCGUUAUGUGGUGCCGCAUAAUCGAUACUUGCUGUUAAAAUAUGGAGCUCAUAUCAAUGUUGAAUGGUGCAAUCAAUCGCGUUCCAUAAAAUAUCUCUUUAAGUAUGUUAACAAGGGAAGUGAUCGAGUGACAGCUUCUUUUUAUUCAAGUUCAAACGACAAUAAUCCCACUGUUAAGCCUGUUGAUGAGAUUAAGUUGUUUUAUGAUUGCCGGUAUAUUUCUCCAUGUGAAUCUGCAUGGAGAAUAUUUGCUUUUAAUAUUCACUAUCGAAAGCCAUCAGUUGAACGAUUGAGCUUCCACUUACCAGAUGAGCAGACAGUGCUCUUUGCAGACGAAGAUGACUUGUCAACUACUAUAAAUAAAGCGACAGUUCGAGAAUCUAUGUUUGUCGCGUGGUUCAAGGCAAAUAAAAAAUACGAGAUUGCAAGACAGCUAACUUACAAUGAGUUCCCAAGUAAAUUUGUUUGGAAGCGCAAUGCCAGGAUAUGGGAACCAAGGAAAAGAAAUGCUGUUAUUGGAAGGCUCUUUUUUGUCCCUCCAACAUCUGGAGAAUUAUACUAUCUUAGAAUGUUGUUAAACAUUGUUCAGGGUCCAACAAGUUAUAAAGAUCUUAGAACAUACAGGGAUAUUGUGUACUCAUCAUUUAGAGAUGCAUGCUAUGCAAGAGGCUUAUUAGAUGAUGAUCAAGAAUACAUCGAUGCCAUUGAAGAAGCAAGCCAUUGGGGAUCUGGUCAUUAUUUACGGAAGCUUUUUGCAACUCUAUUAUGGUCAAACUCAAUGGUUCGGCCAGAAGUCGUAUGGAGCAAGUGCUGGACUUUGCUAGCUGAUGGAAUUCUUCACAAUCACAUGAACAUGUUUCAAUUACAAGAUAUGGUUUUGACAGAUGACGAGUUAUCUCAGUUGACUUUACUUGAGAUAGAAGAAAAUCUUAAUCACAAUGGCAAAUCAUUGCGAGAUUUCCCAACAAUGCCAUUUCCCAAUAUCAAGAUAACUCAAUCUAGCAAAGACAUGUGCAUGAUCAGAUCAUUAACGCAGUUAACUCGAAUUGUGGCCAAUUAUUUUUCUUAUAUGGACAUGGUGGCACUGGGAAGACAUUCAUUUGGAAAACUCUUGCAGCUGGACUUAGAUCAAAAGGUGAAAUUGUGUUAG